GCCAUCUUGGAUCCCACGAAACAUUAGCAGACGCGUGUUCACAAUUGCUUCUUGUUCGUCAUUUCUGUCUUGUACACGCGAUAUUUAUUUUGUGCAGUAAAUGUUACACUGUUUUAGUGAACGACACAGCAUAAGAAACGCAACCUCAAACGUUUUUUGGUCUUAAAUGCGUAUUCGAUACAGUAAUACGACACGAAAAUAUUACGCUUCUGGUCCCAGUACUGUAAUUCCUUUUUGUUUAUACACUUCGAAUAACCGAGAAGACAUGUAUGUGCUCUGAAAAGCGUGCUUUUGUAAUCCAUUUCUAUUCACUUUCAUUGUGUUUGUGUCGAUAAUUGAUAAAACCACAACUCCAAAAGCAAUGAUUGAUAGUUUAGAGGCACCGAUUUGUAUUCGUUGCAUUUUCAAGUCAAAUGCAAAUUUUAAAUGUUCGCUUUUGGAAGAAACUUAGCUUAUUUCCUUUGGUGUCCCAUAGAUGUAUGCAAGGAUGAUUUAAACAAGCCAGCUGUCGUGUCAACAGAGUGAAAGAUUCGUUAAAUUGCGAAGGCAGUGAACGGAAUUCAAGAUUGUCAGGCCCAUUGUAAUUUACACAUCUGCUUUGUUCUUAAAUUGUACGUACCAAGUGACAUUCAGUGUGGCGAAUAACAGCAAUUUACAGGGAUAUUUCCUGCCAGCACUUUCCAGUCACUUGGGAAUAAGCAAACACUGAAGACCAAGUGCAUCGCUCACUUCCACAGAGCUGUUCGCGUUGGAUUGACAGGAAAUCUAAAGUCAAAUCACGGAAAUAAAACCAUACUGUAAAACUUUACAGUUCAUCAGAAUUUCAAAAUCGACUACGAUGGCGGCCGGCAACGAAGCUCAGCACAGCACACCGGUGUACCUGGGUGCCCUGCUGGAUGACGGAGAGGGCGCCACCGUGACUCUGGCGGUGGGGGAGACGCGGCUGGUGGUGCACAGGGCAGUCCUCGUGGCCGGGAGCCCCGUGUUCGCAGCAAUGUUCCGCCACGACACGGCGGAGUCACGCGGCGGCCUCGUCGACAUCGCAGACGUGGAGGGGCCGGUGCUGAGGGAGCUGCUGACGUACCUGUACACCCUCCGUGCCCCGCAGCUGGCGAGCCUGGCCCCGCGUCUGCUCGCCGCCGCCGACAAGUACGGCGUGGCGAGCCUGAAGGCGCAGUGUGAGCAGCAGCUGGCCGCUGGGCUGACGGUGGACAACGCGGCGGCCACAGCUGUUCUCGCGGUGCGACACUGCUGCCCCGGCCUCCGGGAGACGGCCGUCUCCUACAUAAACGGCCACACACACCGAGUGAUGGCGACGCAGGGCUGGGCUGACGCAGUGCGCACCCAGCCAGAAGACGUCGUCGAACUCAGCAGGAUGCUGGCGGAGACACCACCGGAAUUCAGCUCGCCCGCCAGCCCCAGCCCCAGCGCUGCCACUCAGCCUCCCAGCGGCGCGGCUGCCCGCCACACUCCGCCGCCUCCUGACGACGCGGCCGUCUCUCGCCUGCGGAGCCUCUCUCAACAGGAGAGAGGGAGGAGGCUGAUAGAGGCGGCCAGGCAGGGGUCGGCGGAGCAGCUGCGAGAGUUGCUGGCGGCGGGGGCGGACGUAGUGGCGAGGGAGGAGGAGGUGUGGUGGGGGGGCAGCCGGACCGCCCUGCACCUGGCAGCACGCGGGGGUCACGUGGCAGCGGCCAGCUGCCUCGUCGGCGCCGGCGCAGAGGUCGACGCCAGGACCAGCCUGGGGCGGAGGACGCCCCUGCACUUGGCUGCACAGUGGGGCCACGCUGGUGUGGUGCGGCUGCUGGUUGGCACCUCUGCUGACCCCAACGCCAGGGAUCGGUGGGGGCAGACGCCGCUGCACAGGGCGGCAGAGGGGGGCCACGCAGAGACGGCGGCUGAGCUCCUGCAGGCAGGGGCGGACAUGGGGGCCCGGGAUGGGGGUGGCAGGACCCCCCUGGACGUCGCCAGGAAGAACAGAAAGCGGGAGCUGGUGCAUAUGCUGAGACAACGCUGACAUACAGCAUUGAGGAAGCACAAUCAGUUACAUCAUAUGUCUUGGUCUUUCAAAUAAAGAAUACAAAAAUGA